UAUGUUUUACACACAACUGAUACCCUGCCCAUCAGAGCACACCAGUCCACGUGAACAAGCCUCUUACUCACAGAGACAGUAAGAGACAGCAUGGCAUCCCGCCCAAUUAGAAUCACAACAGCCACUGGAGAGCCGCCAAUCAAUUACAAGGGGGACCACUGGUCAGGUUUGAAGAGCAGACCUGGAGAUGCUGAGGAAAAGGUGAUAGGUCCCACUCUGGACCUCAUCAGGAACUGUGAACAAGUCUACAAACCUUCCAGCACCAGUUCCUCAGACCUUAAGGAGGAGAAGGACCUGUCCAAGCAGAACGACGGCAGGCCUGGGGUGUCCUCCUCGGAGUCCGCCGGAGACAAACCGGAGCGGUCCGCGCUGUCGACUUUCCUGGUCCUCCUGAAGAUCCCGCAGCUCCUUGUCCUCCUUUUCCUGUUCGUCUGCUCGCUGGAUGUCCUUAGCUCAGCCUUCCAGUUAGCCGGGGGUAAGGUGGCGGGGGACAUCUUCCAGGACAACGCCAUCCUCUCCAACCCUGUGGCAGGCCUGGUGGUGGGGAUCCUGGUGACGGUGCUCGUCCAGAGCUCCAGCACCUCCACCUCCAUCGUCGUCAGCCUGGUGUCGUCCGGACUGCUUGAGGUGAGUGCAGCUGUUCCUAUCAUCAUGGGCACCAAUGUUGGAACAUCUGUCACCAACACCAUAGUGGCUCUGAUGCAGGCUGGUGAGAGAAAUGAAUUCAAGAGGGCUUUUGCUGGUGCCACCAUACACGACUGCUUUAACUGGCUGUCUGUUCUGGUUCUGUUGCCCCUGGAGGUGGCAACUGGGCUACUGAGUACCUUGGCCAAGCUCACGGUGCAUAGCCUCCAUGUCCAGAGUGGAGAAGAAGCUCCUGAGCUGCUCAAAGUCAUCACCCAACCUGUGACUAAUUUCAUCAUUCAGCUGGAUAAAUCUGUCGUCACAGGCAUUGCUAUGGGAGACCAGAGUAUGAGGAACAGGAGUCUUGUGAAAGUUUGGUGCAAGACAGCCAGCACUGUCACCUCUGUGAGCUCCUCAAACGUCACCGUAGUCACUGCCAGCAACUGCUCUUCUGCUAUAGGCUGUUUACAAGAAAGCAAUGUCACCUUGACAACAGAGAAUAUGACCUCCAUUGUCAACAUUGAGAAAUGCAAGCACAUAUUCGUGGACACCCAGCUGUCGGACCUGGCCGUGGGGCUGAUCCUGCUGGCCGGCUCCUUAACUGUGCUCUGCACCUGCCUGCUGCUGCUCGUUAAGAUUCUCAACUCGCUACUCCAGGGUCAGGUGGCAAAGGUCAUCCAGGUCAUCAUUAACACAGACCCACCGUACCCUUUCGGCUGGUUGACUGGCUACCUGGCCAUGUUUGUGGGGGCAGGCAUGACAUUUAUUGUCCAGAGCAGUUCUGUGUUCACCUCUGCGAUGACCCCACUCAUAGGUAUUGGAGUAAUAAGUCUGGAGCGCGCCUACCCUCUCACGCUGGGCUCCAAUAUUGGCACGACCACCACAGCCAUGCUCGCCGCCAUGGCCAGCCCAGGGGAUAAGCUGCCCGCUGCGUGCCAGAUCGCGCUGUGCCACCUGUUCUUCAACGUUUUCGGGAUCCUGCUGUGGUACCCGGUGCCCCAGACGCGGCUGCCCAUCCGCAUGGCGUCCAUGCUGGGCGAGAGGACGGCCAAGUACCGCUGGUUCGCCGUGCUGUACCUGGUGCUGUUCUUCCUGCUGCUGCCCUCGCUGGUGUUCGGGCUGUCGCUGGCGGGCUGGCGCGUGAUGGCGGCGGUGGGCGCGCCCUUCCUCGGGGUCAUGCUCUUCAUCGGCCUGGUCAACCUGCUGCAGGCCCGCAGCCCCGGCCACCUGCCCACGCUGCUGCAGAGCUGGGACUUCCUGCCCCCCUGGAUGCACUCGCUCAAGCCCCUGGACCGCGCCAUCGCCAAGGCCACCGUGUGCUGCAGCCCCGCCAGGGCGGACCCGGAGGCGGUCGUCACGGUGACGCCAGAGCCUAAAACACCAGCGGAGCAGCAAGGGAGCUCGCCGGUGGCCUACGAUAAUCCUGCCCUCUCGUACCUGGAAGAGGUGCCCUCUCACCCGCGGGUAUUUAAACUACGAGGCCUGGAGAGGUGCAACAGCACCCCCCUCUAGUGAUGAGCCGCACACUGACUCAGAGCAGACAGCAGGGGGCCUCACCAGCGGCACUGAGGAUUGUGAAGGUUGCUUUAUUUUUCUGCUAGAAUAGGAAUUUAAUGCUGAUCAGGGAUCAGGGAUGUACUGUGGAUGCUUGAGUAGAAUCUGUGUCUUGGGACACUAGUUUUGCUAUCUGGUGCUCUGAUUAGUUUGGUUGUUCUAAAAGAGGCGAUGUGGAUACUACUGUUUCAGCACUUUGUUAACAUGUUAGGCAGUGCAUACAAUACAUACAGUAGUGUCAGUGUUGUACUGUGCGCAAACUGCACUACAAUCUUUUCUUAUUACAGGCAAUUUUGUAUUUUUAUAGCUUGCCAGGAUAUGCCACAGAUCUAGAUUUUAGAGCAUUCCUGAAAAAUCAAUUUAUUUCUUAAUUAUCACCUUUGUUGGAUUGAUGAGAUAAUUGUGCUUGAAUGUCAGGUGCACUCAUGAAUUAUUUUACAAUGUUUUCCAAUUAUGCUGUUUAACAGUAUUGCUUCCCAGUGUCAUCAAUCGUGAUGUGUUUCUAUCACAGAAAAGAAAUAAUCAAAAGCUUAAGAUGUAAAAUUCUUACUGCAAGAGCUGAUGAUUUUACAAAUACCCAGAGAAAGCUAAAGAGCACAGAAAAUAGAAACGUGUUAAAGUCCACAAAUGUUUAAAGUCACACAAAUGCCCCAAAGCAUUGUCCCCUUUUGCCAACCAGGGUUUAAUUGAUCUCAACUCAACCCUUAUGUUUCUGUCAGUGUCAACUUGUCUGUAAUAAGCACUGACACGUAAUAACCACUAACUAACGUUAAUGAUAACUUGCGGUAGCAAAUCUCCUAGUCUAAUGGUCUUGAAUCAUAGGCUAUUGCCUCUGUGCUUGAACUCUCCUUUUUUAAAACAUGUGUUAUAAUGCAUUGCAAAGUGCUUUGUUCAUAUUUUGUCAAACGAGGCCUUGAGCUUUACUUUGAUAGGGAUGAUCAAUGCUUUUUACAAAACUCCAGAAUGUUCUUUGGAUUUCUCCUUUUUGACCAUAAAUACUAAAGUGGCUGUGUUGUGGCUGAACA